GCAAUGCGUGCUGCCGUAGCGCUGCUAGCCGCGUGUGCCACCCUAGCAACGGCCCAGUUCAACACCCACCAAUGGGCUGACCGUAGCGGAAUUGUGCAUCUGUUCGAGUGGAAGUGGGACGAUAUAGCUGCCGAAUGUGAGAACUUCCUAGCGCCGCGUGGAUAUGCCGGAGUGCAAGUAUCGCCACCAACGGAGAACGCAGUGAUUGGGGGAAACUUCCGCCGCCCGUGGUGGGAACGGUACCAACCGAUGUCCUACAAUCUGGUGACACGGUCCGGAACGGAGGCUCAGUUCGCGAGCAUGGUGCGUCGUUGCAAUGAUGUCGGUGUGCGCAUCUACGUCGAUCUCGUUAUCAACCACAUGGCUGAUCUGGUCGGCGGCGGUGGUACGGGGGGCAGCACAGCCAACCGACCAAACUUCUCCUUCCCCGGUGUGCCAUUCAGCGUGACGGACUUUAAUCCGCCCUGUAUCAUAACAAACUACAACGAUCCGAUCAUGGUUCGCAACUGCCAGCUGGUUAGCUUGCCCGAUCUGAACCAGGGUAUCCCGUGGGUGCGCGAUAAGAUUGUCGAGCUGAUGAAUCAUCUGAUCGGGCUUGGUGUGGCUGGCUUCCGGGUGGACGCCGUUAAGCACAUGUGGCCCGGUGAUCUGCAGAUCAUCUAUAACCGCAUGAACAAUCUACCAACAUCGCACGGUUUCCCCCCGAACGCUCGUCCCUUCCUCACCCAGGAGGUCAUUGAUCUGGGCGGUGAAGCGGUGACACGGGACGAGUAUACGCAUCUGGGUACGAUUACCGAGUUCCGCCAUUCGGCCGAGAUCGGGCGCGUCUUCCGGGGUCGCAAUCCUUUCCGCCACCUGACAAACUGGGGCACCGGCUGGGGCUUCCUGCCGUCGCAUCUGGCACUCGUCUUCAUUGACAACCAUGACAACCAGCGCGGCCACGGCGGUGGUGGCUCGGACGUUCUCACCUACAAGGUACCGCGCAACUACAAGAUGGCCACCGCCUUCAUGUUGGCCCACCCGUUCGGUAUAGUGCGCGUGAUGAGCUCGUUCUCGUUCAGCGACUCCGAGCAGGGUCCACCGCAGGACGGCAAUGGUAAUUUGCUGUCGCCGACGUUCAACCCGGACAACUCGUGCGGUACGGGCUGGGUGUGCGAACACCGGUGGCGUCAGAUUUACAAUAUGAUCGGUUUCCGUAACGCUGUCGCUGGCACGCAGAUUAACGACUGGUGGGACAAUGGCAACUAUCAGAUGGCGUUCUGCCGUGGCUCUCGUGGUUUCAUCGCCUUCAAUCUAGAGUCGUUUGAUCUGAACCAAAGCCUGCAGACGUGUCUGCCGGCGGGUACGUACUGUGAUGUGAUUUCUGGCGAUCUGGUUAAUGGUGCUUGUACCGGUAAUUCUAUCACUGUCGGUGGUGAUGGACGCGCCCAGAUCGUUCUGCCAGCCAAUGCGUACGAUGGUGUGUUGGCCAUUCAUGUUAAUUCCCGAGUUUAA